AUGUGGGAUGUAAGUUUUUACCAUGGAUAAUAUAAAAUCUUGUCGAUUUUAGCCAAACUUUUGUUGGUUUUUGAGCGAUAAACUAAUGUGCUACAAAAUUUAGAGUCUCUUCAUCGUGAUGACGGAGAUUUCGCUGGUUUUCGGAGCGCUGGUCUACCUUUACACUCAAUGUAAGUGAAAAUACUCGAAAAUUUCGGGUUUAUUUUGCUUUUUUGUUCAUUUAUUAUAACAGAAUGGCUAUAAAUAUCUUUUCAGACCGAGAAGAGAGCCUUCAACUGGAGCCUUCGCCUUCUUUUUGCCAAUCGGCCCCGCCAAUUCAAUUCGAAUCCAGAAAAUCCUCGGCCAACUUGAGCUCCGAUGCAUUGGAAGAGCCCAGCACCACCGUGAAUUCGCUUCCGUUGAGCCGUGAGGCCGCUACUGAAAUGGCUGAGAAUCCCGUUGCUGCCGAAGUCCAUUAA